AUCGUUUAGUCUCUCGGCAUCAUCACCACUAUCACCAUGUGGCUGAUAAAGACCAUCUUAAUCCAUUGUGCGAUUCUUUUGUGUAAACCAGCAAAUGGCGCCAGGAUCCUCGGGAUCUUCAUGACUCCCAGCUACAGUCACCAAAUAGUCUUUCAGCCCAUAUGGAGAGAGCUCUCGCUGAGGGGUCACGAGGUGACCGUAUAUACCCCCAGCCCAUUAAACGACCCAUCGCUCACCAACUUAACCGAGUACGAUCUGGGAUUCAGUUUCAAACAAAUGCAAGAUAAAGAGAAAGCAGCUUUUGAUGCCAGCAAAUGGUUUGAUAUCUUUCUGAAAGUAAGCGAAGCUCAGCUGAACCACCCUUACAUGCAAGACCUCAUUAACAACGUUGAUAAUAAAACAUACGAUUUGCUUUUGGUUGAGUAUCUAUGGCAACCCUUUUAUGCCUUCAAGGAAAUCUAUAAAGUACCCAUGGUGGGCAUCACCUCCCUACCUCUAUCACUAGGAAAUUCAGAUGCUCUCGGUAUAGAAAAACAUCCCGUGGUUGAUCCCGAUCUGUUGCUACAGUUUUCCAGAGCUGAGAAUUUACAACAGAGAGUUAUCAGUUGGCUUCACAAUUGGCUUUACAGAUUGGUCGCCAGCGUGAAAUUCAAACCGAUAUUCAAUAAACAAAUGGAGAAAUAUUUCAAGGGUGUGACGAAGACUUGCUGGGAUUUGGCCAAGGAGGUGGCUCUGGUUAUUGGCAACUACAACUUCGCCCUACAAAAUGUCAGACCCAUCACACCGAACUUCGUGACUAUCAGUGCUAUUCACGUGAAACCGCAAAAACCGUUGCCAGAGGAUUUGGGUAAUCUUUUAGAUAACCUUCAGAAUGACGUGAUCUACUUCAGUUUGGGAACCAACGUGAGACCUUCUGCGCUUGCGCAGGUGCAACUAAACAAAUUACUGGAUACCUUGGGGCAGUUGCCUUACACGAUUUUGUACAAGUCAGAUUUGGAGGAUUCACAUAUAAAAUUACCCAAGAAUUUUUAUACCAGCAAAUGGUUUCCACAGCAAGACGUCUUGGGGCAUCCCAAGGUGAAGUUGUUUAUUACACAAGGAGGUAUGCAGUCCAUCGACGAAGCCUUAUCCAGAAAAGUCCCGAUGCUGGUGAUCCCAUUUAUAGCGGACCAAAAAACAAACAGCGAAAAAUGUGUGAAGCUGGGCAUAGCUGAAAGCAUCGAUUUCAAUAACUUCACUCCCGAAGAACUGACCACCAAGAUCCAGAAACUGAUUACUGAAAAAUCGUACCGUGAGAACAUUGAGAGACAAUCGAACAUCGUUAAUGAUCAACCCACUAGUUCUCUGGAUAAAGCGAUAUUUUGGAUCGAAUACGUAUUGCGCCACGAAGGAGCCUCGCAUCUCAGAUAUGAAGCUUCUGACUUACCUUUCUACCAUUAUUAUUUGCUGGAUGUGUAUUUCUCUAUCGCUUGUUUACUUUUUACAAUUUAUUUAUCUGGAAGGUGGAUAAUGAAGAAAGUCUUAAGUAGUUUUGUGAUUAAGUCCCAAAUGAAAAAUAAAGACUUGUAAGUAACAAAA